AUGAAGGAUGACAAAGGAGCUUAGUAUGUGUAUUACAAUCUAGUGACUUCAUCUCACAAAUACAGAAAAGCAUUAGGAGAUAAUAUAGAGUUUGCUUAACUCAAAUAAAUAGAUAAACAGGCCAAUAAAAAUGAGAUCACUGUGGUUAUGAGAUUCUUGCCGGAGAAUUUUAAUAGUGACAAGUUGGAGGCCUUAUAAAACAUCAGAAUUGAAGAGUUGUUUAUAUAUUAAGGAUUAAAGUACGGGAUUUUCAAGACCUCUGAUUAUGAGAUUGCUGGAAACAUCAAGAGGAAAAUAAUUAGUUAUUUCUAAAACAAAAAAUACAAUGACCUUCACAUUACAAUCAAGGCUAAAAAGAAAUCUGCUAAAGAGAAGAUCAAGGCAUUUUUAGAAGAAGAAUCAUACAACCCAAGAUCACAAUUAGAGUAAAAGAUAGGAAUGCCUUUAAGUCCACCUAAGGUACUUCCUCUUGUCGUGAAGGAAAUCGAAUAACCCAAAAUCAAGCCUACAAUUCUGUAACCAACAAUUUGUGCUAUAUAAAUUACUGUUCCUUAGGUUCAACUGAAAUUAAACCUACAAUCAUAGAACAAAGUGAAUAGAAAGUGAUUGCUAGGGCUGUUUAAUUAAAACCUGUUACAUUAACAGUUGAAAGGGAAAGAAGUUUCAAGGAAAAGAUGAUUCAAUAAUAGUAUUAUAUAAAAAAUAUCAAAAUAUGUAUAUUUAAAA